AUGAUAGACAAGCUCAGACCCGUGCACCCAGACAUGGCGCUCAGCAAGUCGGUGGCCUGGCUCAAUGAGCAGCUCCAGCUGGCCAACGAGCGCCUCCUGCUCAUGGACUGCAGACCCCCGGAGCUGUACGAGUCAUCCCACAUCGAGGCCGCCAUCAACGUGGCCAUCCCCGGCAUCAUGCUGCGCCGACUCAAGAAGGGCAACCUGCCCAUCCGAUCGCUCUUCACCCGCGGAGAGGACCGGGGACACGUUCGCCCGGAGGUGCGGCUCCGACACCGUCAUCCUCUACGACGAGGGCAGCGCCGACUGGAACGAGAACACCGGCGGGGAGUCCGUGCUGGGACUGCUCAUGAAGAGGCUCAAGGACGAGGGCUGCAAGGCGUACUACCUGGAAGGUGGUUAUAACAAAUUCCAGGCCGAGUAUCCUGUGCAUUGUGAAACCAAUCUGGACAGUUCUUGCAGCAGCAGUUCUCCACCGGUGCUAGGCCUGGGAGGCUUACGAAUCAGCUCUGAUUCUUCAUCAGACAUCGAAUCUGACAUUGACAGGGACCCCAGCAGCGCUACAGACUCUGAUGGCAGCCCCCUGUCUAACACACAACCUUCAUUCCCAGUUGAAAUACUGCCCUACUUAUACCUCGGCUGUGCCAAAGAUUCUACCAAUCUGGAUGUUUUAGAAGAGUUUGGUAUUAAAUACAUCCUAAAUGUUACCCCCAACCUGCCAAAUCUUUUUGAAAAUGCUGGGGAGUUCCGGUACAAGCAGAUUCCAAUAUCGGACCACUGGAGCCAAAACCUGUCACAGUUUUUUCCCAGAAGCCAUUUCUUUUAUUGAUGAGGCCAGAGGAAAAGUUGUGGUGUCCUGGUACACUGCCUUGCAGGAAUCAGCAGGUCAGUCACAGUUACAGUGGCCUAUCUCAUGCAAAAGCUAAACCUUUCCAUGAAUGAUGCCUAUGACAUAGUCAAGAUGAAGAAGUCCAACAUUUCCCCCAACUUUAACUUCAUGGGUCAGCUGUUGGAUUUCGAAAGGACAUUGGGACUUACCAGCCCUUGUGACAAUCGUGUCCCUCCUCAACAAUUGUAUUUCACGAGUCCAGGCAAUCAAAAUGUCUUUAAAGUAGAUUCUUUGCAGUCUACGUGA